UAAAAAGAGACAAAAGUGGCAAAACGUGUGGAUCUCCUCUUUCACUGUUCGGUCUUCUUCCUCUUCCUCCAAACAUGUUCAACCAAGUCUCAGCUUCACUGUUCACUCUCUCCACUCCACUUCUCUCGCUUCUUCUUCUUCUUCUUUCACCAACAGAUCCAUGUCUCUUCUGAUCAGAUCCUCCUACCUUUCCCAACCUAGAAACUCAAAACCAUCCUCUCUCGCCUCCGAUCAAACCCCGUCGAAACUAGUCUCCACAUCUUCUUUUAAUCACAACCCUCUCGUCAGAUUGGUCUCCAAACGCAACCCAACAAUGCAAAACCUCACCUUUCCUUCUCCAACGACUGUCAAGAGCUCCUUGAUCGACCCAGACGGCGGGGAACUAGUCGAACUAGUGGUACCGGAAUCCGAGACGAAGCUGAAGAAGGCGGAGUCAAUGCCGAAAGUGAAGAUGACGAAGAUCGACCUGGAGUGGGUGCACGUGAUCAGCGAAGGCUGGGCUAGUCCUUUGAAAGGGUUCAUGAGAGAAGACGAGUAUCUCCAGAGUUUGCAUUUCAACUCUCUGAGGUUGAAAGACGGGUCUCUUGUCAACAUGUCUCUCCCUAUCGUUCUCGCUAUCGAUGAUCACACCAAGGAACACGUCGGCGUGUCUAAGAACGUUGCUCUUGUUAGCCCUCAAGGAGAUAUCAUAGGUUCUCUACGCAGUGUGGAGAUAUACAAACACAACAAGGAAGAAAGGAUAGCUAGAACAUGGGGAACAACUUCUCCGGGACUGCCUUACGUCGAAGAACACAUCGCUCCCUCUGGAAACUGGUUGAUCGGUGGAGAUUUAGAAGUUUUCCAGCCGAUUAAGUACAACGAUGGGCUUGAUCACUACAGGCUAUCACCUAAACAGCUGAGGAGAGAGUUCGAUAACCGUAAAGCGGAUGCUGUGUUUGCGUUCCAGUUAAGGAACCCUGUGCACAAUGGGCAUGCGUUGCUGAUGAACGAUACACGCAAAAGGCUUUUGGAGAUGGGUUACAAGAACCCUAUUCUAUUGCUUCAUCCUUUAGGAGGUUUCACUAAAGCUGAUGAUGUUCCUCUUGAUGUUAGAAUGGAACAACAUAGCAAGGUUCUUGAAGAUGGAGUGCUUGACCCGGAGACUACUAUUGUGUCGAUAUUUCCAUCACCGAUGCACUAUGCUGGUCCAACGGAAGUUCAGUGGCACGCCAAGGCUAGGAUUAAUGCAGGUGCUAAUUUCUACAUUGUAGGACGUGAUCCCGCGGGAAUGGGACAUCCUACUGAGAAGAGAGAUCUGUAUGAUCCUGAUCAUGGGAAGAAAGUUUUGAGCAUGGCUCCUGGACUUGAGAAACUAAAUAUCCUUCCAUUUAGGGUUGCAGCUUAUGAUACAGUUGAGAAGAAGAUGGCGUUUUUCGAUCCUUCCCGGGCAAAAGAGUUUCUUUUCAUUUCUGGAACAAAGAUGAGGACGUAUGCAAGGACAGGAGAGAGUCCACCAGAUGGGUUUAUGUGUCAGAGUGGAUGGAAUGUUCUUGUCAAAUACUAUGAGAGCUUGCAAGAAAGUGAUGAAUCAUCCAAACAACAACAAGCCGUUGUUUCAGCUUAAAUAAAAAAUAUCAACCCUUUCAUAACUGAACUGGCUUUUGCUUCACCAGUUCAACCUUCAUUUUAUGCUUACAUUUUGUCUUAUUAAGGCACCAAUGUUUGCGAAGAGUAACAAUAAUCCUGAAUAAUGAUGUCCAUUGAGAAAUUUGUUAACUUGAA